AAAAAACUGCAGAGACCGUUGUAUGUUGACUGACUGCAUUUUGCGAUUAUCAAUUUUAUUUCGUGUUAUUUCUUCAAAUUUUUUGUGUUUAUGCCAGUACAGUAUUAUAAUGUUUACUUAUUAAAUCUGAAAGUAACUGUACGAUUUAGCUGUUAAUCGUAUACAGUUAACGAUGUGGGAAUUCGAGGAUGUGCUUGAAGAGGCGCUCGAGGAUGCACGAGUCUUCGGCCCAGAGUUAUUUCACGUCGCUCGCCGUGAAAUUUAUGCCCUAAAUUCCAAUCUUGAUAUUACCCCAUACGGUUUACGAAGUGUACCCACUCAUACAGAAGAUGGUAUACCCAUUAGGAAGCUGUACGUUUCAAACCUACCUCCAAAGACGUCACGGACAGAGUUGUUUGGCGUAUUUGCUCAAUAUGGGUUCAUCAAAAGCUGUUGGCUGCGGAUGGGGGAUCGGGGGCCCAACAGAAAUCCCACUCCUACAUAUGCAUUUGUGACCUUCAGUGAUCCUGCAGAUGCACACAAAGCCCUCAUGGCACCAGAUCAAGAGAAGAUACUCAAAGGUUACAAGCUCAAAACAUCUCCCGCGGACAGCUGGCACCAACCUGCCGAGGAUGCUGAUGGCCAAGUCACAUGGAAAUCUAGGAACCAGCAAUAUGGCAGUAGUCCGGCACCUGAACAGAAUGGCCAAGUUCCCCUGGAAUCAUCAACUGAUAGUGGUGAAGCAGGAACACAAGAAAAUAAUGCAGAGGCAAAUUCAGAAGAAAACGAAAACACGGAAAAGACAUACACAAUAUUAGACAUACUGAACAGAGACUGUCUAGCGCAUGUGCUCAACUUCGUUCCCAUCAUAGACUUGAUCCGGUCAGAGCGCGUGAGCAAGCGCUGGCAGAGCCUGGUCCACGAACAUAUUAAUGGUAUUCGAAAGUUCAAGACGUCAUGGUGGCAACACGGUACGGUGACGCUAACGACGGCAGUAUUACGGCGGGUGCUGCAGCGACUGGGCCCGAACCUGACGCGGCUACACAUCGACCACCACUGGUCGGCGCUCAACGACCGCACGGCGCACACGGUGGGCAAGUUCUGCCCCAACCUGGAGGAGCUCAAGGUUGUCGGGAUGUAUACAAAAAAUUGGAAUCCACUUAUUUAUGGAUGUAAAUAUUUAAAAGCCCUGUCCUUUGUUUCUUGCAGCAAGCUGUCCGAUUCAAGUUUAGUACGUAUAGUCAAAAACGAAGCGAGCAUAGAAAGCAUAACGGUAGCCAACAACACGCACGUGACCGGACUUUUCCUCACCGGCUCUAACCCGCCGUGGCUACACACGCUUUCCUUCUACAACUGCUACAGCCUACAGGGCACCGUCAUAUGCGCCGCCAUAGACACGCUACCCAACCUCAAAACACUCAGGCUAGAUGUAUGCCCCGUCACCAUGUGGAAAAUCAUACCGCUCAUACUCAACAAACUACCGCAACUAGAAGAACUGUCACUCAGCGAAUACACGUCUAUGGACGUCUGCUCAACGCCGCAAGUCAAUAUUGACUUUUGCGAAUCGUUGUCCAAGAUGACCGAGUUGAAAGUGUUGAACCUCAGCCGGAAUAUCUACAUAAAUAACGCGAUACUGAAGACGGUCGCGCAGACGUGCACCAAGUUGGAGUGUUUGAACGUCUCUAGUUGUAAUUCUAGAAAGGUCAACCCUCAGCCAGGCGUGAGCGACGAGGGUAUCCUAACGAUAUGCCGCUCGUGCACGGCGCUCAGCAAGCUGGACAUCUCGUACAUCGCGCUGCUGACGGACGCCGGCGCCGCGGCCGCCGCGCGGUGCGCGCGCCUCGCCAGCCUCGCGGCGCGCGGCAACGCCUCGCUCACCGCCGCGCCCUUCGCCGCCGUGCUGGACGCCUGCGCCCAGCUGCAGGAGCUGGACGUAUGCGGUUGCGACAGCGUGUCAGAAGAACUGGUGGAAGCGGCUACGGCGACGCUCGCGCGGACGCCGCGCCCGCUCACGCUGCGGAUGGGGGGCACCGCGGCCAUGGCAGAGAGUUACCCGUCGCACAAGCUGCUGGUAGUAAGCACCGAGGACCUGAGCAACCCGCACCUGCGGCCGGACUUCGUGGACCGGAUCUUCGAGGACAGCUCGGACGACUCGCUCGACGACCCCUACGAUCACGAUAACUUCGACGAUUUCUUCGGCUCCGAUGGAGACGAAGAAGGGUGGGAAGAUCUCGACUACGACGAUGACGCGAUGUACGCGUACGGGCUGCACCCGCAGAACCUACUGCUCAUGUAACACGGCUGGGCCCUGUCCGACGGCUCCACGGAAUGUAUAUUAACAUGUGUUGUACGCUUACUAUUUAUUUAUACACAAUCAGUGCCCCCAAUUGCAUAAUAAAGUACAAGAUUUUAUGAAACCAGCUCCAGGUUAUACCUCGCUUCCAGAAUAGGAGGACGGAGUCAACUUAGAAGUCUUUAUCUGUGAUUGUUUUUAUUUUAUUAUUUCCAUGUAUAUUUAGAUAAUAGAAAUCAUAUCUAUUUUUUUAAUAUCAAUGUUAAUAGGAAACAAGUUUGUUUCUCACGUCCACUGUGUUGAGUGUUGGUGAAAUUUUCGUUAAAAACUGAUGCCUAACCUCUGAUGGAGGGAGCUUGUAUUGUUAAUUAGAGUCCUUCAUAGCGCCCUUAUAGUCAUUAUUAUUUACCUACAUGCCUAUGUAAAAAUAUUUAUGUAAACUGUAAAAUAUGUUAAGUAAAGUCUGAAACAAUUGUGAUAGAAUACUAUUUAAUUUUUAAUUUCCCUUGUAACAGCAGCUUAGUUCAAAUGUAAUAUUAUAGCAGGGAAAUUUUGUUUACAUAACACUUAAUAACAUUUUUAAAUAGAAUAAUUGUUACUGCCCUUGCAGAAUUUGUUAUAUUUGUCAAGAAAUUGCUAUAGUAUCCAACCUCAUGAGGCCAUGUCCACUAAAUCUUGUUACAUUAUUGAGAAGAACUUGCUUAUUAUUUUAUUUGUAUUCAUCAUUUUGGAUUACUUUUAAUUUAAUUCAAGAAGAACAGUCAUUUUUCUCUCAUUUGUAACUUAGAGUGUGAUGUUUAUUUCCCAAUUUAGACAUUGUUUUAAGUUUAGACUCCUUUUUCAGGAUUUUUUAUGUUAUUAUAUUUUUCCUUUUUAAGAUCUUAAUACAUUGCAAUCAAAGAUGAUUUUAUUUUUCGUAGAGAGAAUGAGGUAAGUUGUUGUGAUUUGUGAUCACUUGAAUAACAAUCAGUGCUAUAAUUUAUAUACUAUAUUUAUUUUUUUAAUUAUAAAGGUGUAAUUCUAUGGUGAAUUGCUAAUGAUUUCAUAUGAAAAACCUUUUUGUUGAUUCUGAUUGGAUUAUCUAAUUUCAAUUUAGUGACUCACUAGGAUGAGGAAUGGUUUUUGUUACAAAUACACAAUAACCCUCGAAUUACAACAGAGGCGUUGUUUUUUGCAAUAUAUUUGUUGAGUUACCCACUUAUUUAUUGUUUUAGUAAAGGCAUGGUGUAAUAAAAUAAAUGUCACAUGUCAGUAACUAGCAUGAACUUAUUUUUCUUUUAUAUAGUAACUGGGUCAUUUUACUUUCAUAUGUUACUAGAAAUGAUUUGUUUUUGUGUUUUAGGAUAAAGCUCAUUGCAUGAGGUAAUUUGUGAAAAGAUCUUAGUUUUUAUACAUUAAUUUAUCAAUAAGAAAUUAAUUAUAAACAUCAUCAUCCAGAA